GUUAUCGAGAGGUUUGUAAACGGUUCGUAUUUGAAUGUGGCCCUUUUCCUACAAACGGAUAUCUCGUUCUGAUUUCCGGUUUGGUGUCCCAGUAAUUUGUGUCCCCAAAAUGGCGAACGUUGCUGCUGCUGCCGCUGCAGCCGCCGCUGCCGCCGCCGCCGCGAACAGAGACCCGGCCGUCGACCGUUCAUUACGCUCGGUGUUUGUGGGGAACAUUCCGUAUGAAGCCACAGAGGAGCAGCUGAAAGACAUCUUCUCUGAAGUCGGACUUGUUGUCAGCUUCAGGUUAGUAUAUGACAGGGAGACAGGGAAGCCAAAGGGAUAUGGCUUCUGUGAGUAUCAGGACCAGGAGACGGCCCUCAGUGCCAUGCGGAACCUGAACGGGAGAGAGUUCAGUGGUCGGGCUCUACGUGUUGACAACGCAGCCAGCGAGAAAAACAAAGAAGAGCUCAAAAGUUUGGGAACAGGAGCCCCCAUCAUCGAGUCUCCUUAUGGAGACAGCAUCCAGCCACAGGAAGCCCCAGAGUCCAUCAGCAGAGCUGUGGCCAGUCUGCCGCCUGAGCAGAUGUUUGAACUGAUGAAACAGAUGAAGCUGUGUGUGCAGAACAGCCCCCAGGAGGCGAGGAGCAUGCUGCUGCAGAACCCUCAGCUGGCCUACGCUCUGCUACAGGCCCAAGUAGUCAUGCGGAUUGUCGACCCUGAGAUCGCCUUGAAGAUGCUCCACCGUCAAACUCCAGUUCAGCCUCUGAUUCCCAGCGGACAGGGUGGAGGAGCACCGCCGGUGAAUCCACCUCCUGUACAGCCCAACGUACCGGUGUCUCAGCCGCAGCCCGUGCCUGGUAUGCACGUCAAUGGAGCCCCGCAAAUGAUGCAGCCUCCUGCCAUGGGUGUUGCCCCUGGACCGAUGCCCGUCUCAGGACCCGGACCAGUACAGGGGCCAGGACCGGUACCAGUGGGGCCUCCAGGAAACCUUCAGCAUUCUCCCACAGGAUCAUCUGGGCAAGCUGCUAUCGAGCGGCCUCAAGGACCAGGAGGGAUCCCCCCCAGAGGGCUGCUGGGAGACGGUCCUAAUGAUCCCAGAGGAGGAACUCUGCUGUCUGUCACUGGAGAGGUCAUAGACCCCAACCGGGGUUACAUGGCAGCUCCGCCCCCCCACCAAGCCCCACCUGUACACAUGGGCCCGAUGGCCACAGGACCCCCUCCGGAUAUGAGAGGACCUCCGAUGGACAUGAGAGGCCCACCCAUGGGUGAACCACGAAACAUGAUGGGCGACCCCAGAGGGCCUCCGAUGAUGGAGCAGCGGGGACCCCCGAUGGAAACCAGAGGUCGUGACCCGAGAGGGAUGGACGCUCGUGGUCCAGUGGCGGGACAGAGGGUUCCCAUGGCAGCAGGAAUGCCCGGCCCCGUUCCUCAUAACAUGGGGCCCAACGCUCCUCCACCCGCCAGACCGGGUCCUGGUAUUUCUGGUGUUCCUCCAUCAGGAGGAGGCUUCAGUCCCGGGCAGAGUCAGGUCUCCACACAGGACCAGGAGAAGGCCGCCCUGAUCAUGCAGGUACUGCAGCUGACCCCAGAACAGAUCGCCAUGUUGCCCCCAGAGCAGCGGCAGAGCAUCCUCAUCCUCAAAGAGCAGAUUCAGAAGACUGCAGGAGGGGCACCUUAAAAAAACAAAACAAAAAAAAAAGACAACACCCCAAAGGUUUUCAGGACUCAACCUGCUCCCCAUCGUCACCUUCAGCUCCAACAGACCCGAAGACUCAUUAGUUUGGAAUAUUGUAUAGUUUGUUUUUUUAAUCAUAUUGUCUGUUAGGAAGUUUAAGCUGUAUGAAAGAGUGAGAUCGUGCUUGUGGGUUUGACAAGAAGAUAAUGGUGAAUGCUGAACAGAUUAAAAAAAAACAGAGCAGAAAAGUGGAGCGUCACAAGGUUUUCAUCCUUUUUCCUCCAAAGCUGACUCUUUUUUUAAUGUCAUCGGCUGCGGAGAACGUUUGUCUGUAUGUUGUUUUGUCAAUAAAACAAACACAAAAAGA